CCCUUCUGUGUUUGAGUGUCUGAAGCCGUUGGCUGCUCCUGAACCGUUUGGCUCUUUCUCUACUUGCUAACAGCCUUACAAUGUUCCUCAAUUUCUCCUCUAUAUCUAUUUUGUAGCUCCUUUUUUAAAAUUAUUAUUAAUUUUUUUGAAGAAGCUACGAAUUAUCUCUGAACAACGCCGCGCUUAUCUGGGAAUUUAAAUACCGGUCCAGCGCCAUCAACUGGGGUUCAUAACGCGUUAUUUGCUUUCAUGUUAAAAAAAUAGUUGAGGAGGAAAUUCCACACAAGCGACAGCGAAGAAGACACCCCUGGUGUGAUCGGGAUUUUAAAGCUGAAGAAAGGUACUGUGUAGUACCAUAAGGUUGUCAGUGAACAACUCAGCAACGCUUGGUCACAUGGUACUUACGCACUGGGAUGGUACUCUUUUAAAAUCUUCGUUUUGUGAAAACUUCAGAGGAAAUACUGUGGCUUGUGUCCUCUGUGCUGACCUCAUGGUUUAACCAGGAAUAAAGAUGAGCAUAAGCAGUGAUGAGGUCAACUUCCUGGUGUACAGAUACCUGCAGGAGUCAGGGUUUUCCCAUUCAGCUUUCACAUUCGGCAUAGAGAGCCACAUCAGCCAGUCAAACAUAAACGGCGCCCUGGUGCCCCCUGCUGCUCUCAUCUCUAUCAUACAGAAGGGUCUGCAGUAUGUGGAGGCAGAAGUCAGCAUCAAUGAGGAUGGCACGUUGUUUGACGGACGGCCCAUCGAGUCGCUGUCCCUGAUCGACGCAGUGAUGCCCGACGUGGUGCAGACGCGCCAGCAGGCCUACCGGGACAAGCUCGCGCAGCAGCAAGCGGCCGCCGCAGCCCCCGCCGCUUGCACGGCCAGCAACUCCGCCAGCGCCGCCAGCAGCACGAAGAACGGCGAGAACACGGCCAACGGCGAGGAGAACGGCGCUCACGCCCUGGCCAACAACCACGCGGACAUGAUGGAGGUGGACGGGGAUGUGGAGAUCCCCCAGAACAAGGCCAUGGUGCUCCGCGGUCAUGAGUCGGAGGUGUUCAUCUGCGCCUGGAACCCAGUCAGCGACCUGCUCGCCUCAGGGUCGGGUGACUCCACGGCUCGCAUCUGGAACCUGAGUGAAAACAGCACUAGCGGCUCCACGCAGCUCGUACUCCGCCACUGCAUACGGGAGGGAGGGCAGGACGUGCCCAGCAACAAAGACGUAACCUCACUAGACUGGAAUAGUGAAGGCACUCUACUAGCUACCGGCUCCUAUGAUGGAUUCGCCCGGAUAUGGACUAAAGACGGUAACCUUGCCAGUACCCUGGGUCAGCACAAAGGUCCUAUAUUUGCUUUGAAGUGGAAUAAAAAAGGAAAUUUCAUCCUCAGCGCUGGCGUGGAUAAGACCACGAUCAUCUGGGAUGCACACACAGGAGAAGCCAAGCAGCAGUUUCCUUUCCAUUCAGCCCCGGCACUCGAUGUGGACUGGCAGAGUAACAACACCUUUGCAUCCUGCAGUACGGACAUGUGCAUCCACGUCUGCAAAUUGGGCCAGGACAGACCGGUCAAGACAUUCCAAGGACACACGAAUGAAGUCAAUGCCAUCAAGUGGGAUCCAACUGGCAAUUUGUUGGCCUCCUGUUCUGAUGACAUGACCCUAAAGAUCUGGAGCAUGAAGCAGGACACCUGUGUGCACGAUCUGCAAGCCCACAGCAAAGAGAUCUAUACCAUCAAAUGGAGCCCCACGGGGCCUGGCACCAGCAACCCCAGCGCCAACCUCAUGCUCGCCAGUGCCUCCUUCGACUCCACUGUCCGCCUGUGGGACGUGGACCGGGGCAUCUGCAUCCACACGCUCACCAAGCACCAGGAGCCUGUCUACAGCGUGGCAUUCAGCCCUGACGGGCGCUUCUUGGCCAGUGGCUCCUUCGACAAGUGUGUCCACAUCUGGAACACACAGACAGGCGCUUUAGUCCAUAGCUACAGGGGAACAGGGGGCAUCUUUGAAGUUUGCUGGAAUGCAGCAGGUGACAAAGUAGGAGCAAGUGCAUCAGAUGGAUCUGUUUGUGUAUUAGACCUGCGGAAAUAACGCUACCAGUUGGAAGCCAUGGACCGACUAUGAAUGUGUACAUAGCCAAAAUGACUCUCCCUGCCACAUGUACCGCUCCAGUCCCUACUGAAUCCAUGGUAACCCACUACAGCCAAACCGAGCUCCCCAACACCGCAGACCCGAGCAAGUGGAAGGUGGGGCCCCUCUCAGAGCAGGGGGUUCUCGCAGGCGUACAUGAAAAGGGACUUCUGUAAGUGACACAGAAAAAAAAAGAAAAUCAAAAAAAGGCAAGGACCCGUAUAUGUACCAAAAUUUUCAACUUUUCUUUUUGUUAUUUCAACCAGAAUCAACGUGCGGGGGAGGGGAGAAAAACUAUUUUUGUUGGUAGAUCAGUUUGUGUGUGAGACAUAUCAGCUUUCUUCAUUCUACAGUUUCCUUUCUUUCGUUCCAUUUUUUGAACGUUUAACAGUUUUAGGUUACAGUUGCAUGAAACGGAGUCGGUAAUUGGCGCAACUCUGUCAGUUUCUUUUAUACCGAAACAGAAAACAGUUAUAUAAAAAAAAGAGCUGUCUUUGAUACUGUACGUUUUGUGGUUCAAAAAUAUUGUGGGGGACUGAUGCAUUGAAUUUCAAUUUCACUUUUCCUUAUUUUUCAAAUGUAGUUUUGAUGUUAUGGUUUUACUGGUGAUCUAAAUGCAGUAGUUUUCUUUUCUUUUUCUUUUUAAAGGGGACAUUUACUCUGCCUGAUUUAAAGGGUUACAAAGCAAGAUGGGCACAAAAGGGAAAACGAUGCUCUAUGCAUUAUUUUGCUUUAAGAACCAUCAUCAUGGUUUGGAUUGUGCACUAUUGAUAGAGCAACAUUAUUAAAAACAAAAAAUAAUUCAUAGAUCUUUCUGGACAAAGGUUUACUGCUGUAACUGUUACAAGAAGCCACCAUUCAUUAGUAAACUGCAGAUUUGCUUUCCCUUUUUUUUUUUUGUCAGUGAGCAACUAGGUUGCAGUAUUAAUGACUGAUUCUAUGUGUAGCUUCUGGAGAGACGUUCACAAGAUGAAGUCGAAUCGAUGUGAUUCUGUCGUACAGCAGGCUAAGGUCCCUGUACAAAGAGAUCACUGCAAAAGGGAAGACUUGCUGUAAGCUUCCAUUUUUAUGAAUGACACAGUAGGAAUUUUGCUUAGGUCAUAUUGUAACAGUGUUUUUUUCCCCCUCAUACUUUAAAGGGUUUUAGGUAAUUGUGUGCAGAAAAGACAUAAAAGGUAAUCAGCCCCAACCCACUCUUGCUUAUCUGUCUGCAUCUUGGCUUUUUUAACUCUAUUACUAGUCGUUUUAUUUAUUUUUUCAGCAUAGAUUUUGCAUUCUGCUUAUUUUCUUACCACUUAGAAACACAAUCUCCCUAAACAAACGAAACUUCGCCAUUGUAUCUGCGUAGGAUUUCUGUCAGCGGUUGCACUCACACAUGUUAACUAUAAAAAUUGAAGCUUAAAGCAAGUCUGGGUGUUGGGCAGGGAAUCUGAGACGUCCGAUAAAUACGACAUGGAGAAAUGUUGUAACUGUAUAAUGUAUGUCUGUGUAAUUACAGGGAAUUAUUUUAUAUACUACUCAUAUGUAAGGAUAGUUUAUAAAUUCAAUCAGUAUUACAGUUAAAACCACACUUAACAGUAUGAGAGAUAAUUACUGUAUGCAUCACAUGGGCAGAGUCUCUGCCUUUAAAUAGCAUAUUUAGUUCUGCUUUAUAAAAUACCAUUAGACUGUCAUAGCAAAACAGGACCACUUAUUUCCCAUGUCUGUGCUUGAAAUUCAGUAGCAGAUUAAUGCUUCAUUCCUGUCCUUAUAGACUAGAAUGUGAAAAGACUAAGGGAGUAAAAGCCAAUUUAAUUUAAUUUUCAGCAACUUGAGCUUCUGCAGUUAUCCCAGUGCCCGUAUUUGUUAAAGAAAUAGGAUAUUGGAUUUGGUAUGUUGGCUUUGUGGAUGUGCGUUUAUUGCACUGAACGCAGCCAAACCCCUUGGAAUUCAAAGUACUGUAUCAUAGUGUAAAUGGAUAUAGAAAAUCACUCUUUUUUAAGCCUUAUGUAAAUUUUUUGUUUACAAUAUUGCUUUAUUUACGAUCGUAAAUUUUAUACAGAGUUUACUAUUUGAAUUUUUCUUUAAUUGUGUGAAUCUUAGUAGAUUAUACCAUCUGGACAGUUUAUUAUACAGUCUAUGACCGUGGAAUGGUAUUUUAUAACAUCUUGUUUUAAAAGAAGUGUGCUUUUUACAAUGGAGUCAAUUGUUUUGCUUCCAUUCUUCAUGCUAACCGUAAUCGUACCCUUACUAUAUGUACGGCCCUGAAGGUUUUGUACUCUUUGGAAACUUUUGUAAUUCUGAAUAAUUUGUAGCUGUUCACGCAAAAAGAGAAAUAACCCGGAGCGAAAACGUGGUGUACCGUACCAUCCCGGAUCGUGUAAAUACCACCGUCUUAAGGGUUCGGGUCCCGGCCCAUGUCAUCAUUGCCCACACCCUCCCUUCUAUUUUCUCUGACUAAAUUGCUUUUUUUUUUGUUGCAUAUUCCAUUUGCAUUGUGUCGAUCUGACCCUUGUAAUUUGAAUCAGAUCUGAAAAAGAAAGUCCAGAAUAAAAUAUAUUUUGAUAUUA